UCCCGGGUACUGCCACCGCCGCCGCUGAUGCGGCUGCCUCGGGCCGGAAAGCCGCGUCCGUCCCGAAUUCGAUCCCCGGUGUGCCCACCAUCCGGCGGCCCCCCCGGAAACAGCAGCUGCGGGGCUCCGGCGUUCCGCCGCCCGUGCUCUUCUGCCUGCUUUUGCUCUCUCCUUCCUUUCGGUCUGACUGUCUCCGGCUGCUGGAGCGGGAUGGAUGAUACUACCACGGCGGCGGCGCUGGCAGCCCGGGGAAUGUCCGUGUCGGCGGAGGAGAGGGAGGCAUGGAUGGAAAGGGCGAUGCACAUGGCUAAAGAAGCCCUAGAAAAUGGUGAAGUUCCUGUUGGGUGCCUCAUGGUCUAUAAUAACAAAGUUCUGGCAAAGGGGAGGAAUGAAGUUAAUCAAACUAAAAAUGCUACACGACAUGCAGAAAUGGUAGCAAUUGACCAAGUCCUAGAAUGGUGUCAUCAUUAUGGUAAAAGUCCUGCAGAAGUAUUUGAGCACACUGUGUUAUAUGUCACUGUGGAGCCAUGUAUAAUGUGUGCUGCUGCUCUUCGCCUGAUGAAAAUUCCACUUGUUGUAUAUGGCUGCCAGAAUGAACGAUUUGGAGGUUGUGGCUCUGUUCUGGAUAUUGCCUCUGCUGACUUACCAAAUACUGGGACACCCUUCCAGUGCAUUCCUGGAUAUCAAGCUGAGGAAGCAGUGGAAAUGUUAAAGACCUUCUACAAACAAGAAAAUCCAAAUGCACCAAAAUCAAAAGUCCGGAAAAAGGAAAGUCACAAAUGUUGAACUUCAUCUGAUGGAAGACCAUUCUUUAAUAGUGACUUCAACAAAAUGCUUGAAAUGGAAACAUUUAACAUGACUGAAUCAUAUAUCCAGGGGCCAACCAUAACAGAGAACUAAAUGUUCCUUAUGCUCUA